GAGAGUAAGCUAGAAUGGAGAUGAAGAGCAGCCUGAUGUUGACGAACCAGAAGCUGGGUGGCUUUGAUAUUCUUAGAAAAGCUUUUGGUAUCUCUGCCAGAAACAUCAACUUCUUUGUCUUCACUAUCUUUGCUUCACUUCCUCUCUUCUGUUUCUUGGUUUACUAUCAACCUUUCCUGCAAAAAAUCCAGGAUCAAGUAUCACAAAUUCUAAAGCAUCCGGCCUUUGUUUAUUAUUUUGAGGACUACAUGUUUGAUUGGUCCAAUUUUACUUGGUCAUUACCAUUUGAUGUAACCCGGGAAUGGAACACAGAGUUUCCUUGUGAGUUGAUUCAACAAUCUCUUCUCUAUCUGGUGUCUCUCCAUCUCCUAGAGCUCAUCACCAUGCUUGCAAUUGCUAAUUUGACCUCGAAGAUAUACAAAGAAGAGACGCCAAUGACUCUGAAGGAAAUGGUACAUUAACCAUGAUAAACUCUUAGCUUUAUGGUGUUGUAUAGCAAGUGCAGCACUGCUAACAAUGUAUUUGGCAUGGAAUGUGAUAUGGAAUAUGAGUAUUGUGAUCUCGAUAUUGGAGGGGAUAUAUGGAACCAAGGCAUUCGGUAUAGUAACGUAUCUAAGCACUGGCAACGAGUGUCGAGGCUUUCUUUUGAUGCUGAUUUUCGUUGCUGGGGAAGUAACAUUCAGGCUGCCAUGUCUCUAUUUCGGCUGCAAAGAAAGGGGGAGUGGAAUUCUCGUUGCGCAGAGUAGCUUGUUGUGCUUGGGGAAUGCAUUCAAGUUAGUUGUCUUCGUGAUAUAUUUCCAUGAUUGCAAGAACCGGGUUAUAGAGAAGAGGUUGAUGAUCAAGGCUAACAGAGCCGGUGAUCAGAGCUGUGUAUGAAUCGGAACCACAAGCAAGUACACUGAUUUGAUCAUCAUCAGGCACACAACAUUUUAAGGUCUUCUUCAAUAAAUGAUUAUCAUUACAUAUGUACAAUUUCAAUGUGUUUCAUCUAUGCGUUCAUGUUUCGUUUGUUGUAUUGAAAGGGAUAUAAACCUUGAACUUAUUAGUUAUUACCC